CGGCAGCAGAGCAAAGUAGCACCGGGGACUCGGAGCUUCAGUAGCUAGCCGCUAAUCCCUUGAAACGCAGCAGGAAUAUUUGUUCUGUUCACUCGUUUCACACUUCGUUUCGUUUAGCAUUGAAUAAUUAACGUGUUGUCGACAGCAGCUGCGGUACCAACCCCCCAACCGGUCUGUGUCCCGGGACCCGGACUGCGAGGACCAGGACUUUCAGGACCAGGCUACUAACCCACCCCCCCCGGUCCGGAUGGUCUGAGCUCCGUCCCGGUGGAUGUGUUCUGUCCGUGGUGAGUCAUGUCAAACAGCCGGGCCCAGCAGCUGGCCGGCGGGGCCAGCUCCUCCGGGACCCCAAACACCAAUGGGAGCUCGGCAGGGAAUGUGGUGCCUUCCCGGGCGCUGACAGCAGCCGGUGAGGGGUCCAUGUCCGCCGUUGAGGGUCCCCUGUCCUCCGGCGAGGGGCCCCUGUCGGUGCCCGUCCUGGCCGCCGUGCAGCAGGCUUCCCGGAGUGGCCUGGCUUCCCUGAGCCGGCCGACCUCCUCGUCCUCCGGCUCGGGUAAGAAGAGGUCUCUGCAGCCGGCGCCGCUCUACCCCGGCCUGCUCCACUCGUACGAGGACAAAAGCAACGACUUUGUUUGCCCCAUCUGCUUCGAGAUGAUCGAGGAGGCACAUAUGACCAAAUGCGGUCACAGCUUUUGCUUCAAGUGCAUCCGACAGAGUCUAGAGGACAGCAACCGCUGCCCCAAGUGUAACUACAUCGUGGACAACGUGGACCAGCUCUACCCCAACUUCCUCGUGAAUGAACUCAUCCUGAAGCAGAAGCAGCGGUCAGAGGAGAAGAGGCUGAAGUUGGACCAUCCUAACGGGUCCCGGUGGCAGGUGUUCCAGGACGUCCUGAGCCCCGAGCAGGAGAACAUGGACCUGGCCAACAUCAACCUGAUGCUGGAGCUGCUAGUGCAGAAGAAGAAGCAGCUGGAGGCGGAGUCCCAGGCCGCCCAGAGACAGAUCCUGAUGGAGUUCCUUAAGGAAGCGAGACGCAACAAGAGAGAGCAACUGGAGCAGCUGCAGAAGGAACUCAACUUCCUGGAGGACGACAUCAAGCGCGUCGAGGACAUGAGCGGACACCACUCCCCACUGAUGGAGGCCGAGUGCACCGUGCCCAACGUGGAGGCUCCGUCCCCGGCCCUCAGCAGCAGCAGCAGUCUGGUGGAGCCCCCAGACUACAGCCAGACCCCCGGCUUCAUCGGAGCAGCUCCAGGCAGUCAGGGUAAAAGACAGCCAUGGUACAACAGCACUCUGGCCUCCAGAAGAAAGAGACUCACGGCUCAUUUUGAGGAUCUGGAACAGUGCUACUUCUCAAACAAGAUGUCUCGCAUCUCAGACGAGGGGCGGAGCCUGGGCCAGCUGGACGACUUCAUGGAGUGCCUUUCUAAGUUCACCCGCUACAACUCGGUCCGCCCCCUCGCCACCCUGUCCUACGCAAGCGACCUCUACAACGGCUCCAGCAUCGUCUCCAGUAUCGAGUUUGACAGAGACUGCGACUACUUUGCGAUUGCCGGUGUCACUAAGAAGAUCAAGGUGUUUGAGUACGGCAUGGUGAUCCAGGACGCGGUGGACAUCCACUACCCGGUCAACGAGAUGACCUGCAACUCCAAGAUCAGCUGUAUCAGCUGGAGUAGCUACCACAAGAACCUGCUAGCUAGCAGUGACUACGAGGGAACCGUCAUUCUGUGGGACGGGUUCACCGGCCAGCGAUCCAAAGUCUACCAGGAACAUGAAAAGCGAUGCUGGAGUGUUGACUUCAACCUGAUGGAUCCUAAACUGCUGGCAUCCGGCUCUGAUGACGCCAAAGUGAAGCUGUGGUCCACUAACCUCGACAACUCGGUGGCGAGCAUCGAGGCGAAGGCCAACGUCUGCUGCGUAAAGUUCAGUCCGACCUCCCGAUACCACCUUGCCUUCGGCUGCGCAGACCACUGCGUCCACUACUACGACCUGAGGAACACUAAACAGCCCAUCAUGGUGUUUAAGGGCCACAGGAAGGCCGUUUCCUACGCCAAGUUCGUCAACGGGGAGGAGAUCGUCUCCGCGUCUACAGACAGCCAGCUGAAGCUGUGGAACGUCAACAAGCCUCACUGCCUCCGCUCCUUCAAAGGUCACAUCAACGAGAAGAACUUUGUGGGCCUCGCCUCCAAUGGAGACUACGUAGCCUGUGGGAGCGAGAACAACUCUCUGUACCUGUACUAUAAGGGUCUGUCCAAGACGCUGCUGACCUUCAAGUUCGACACGGUGAAGAGCGUUCUGGACAAGGAGCGCAAAGACGACGACACCAACGAGUUUGUCAGCGCGGUCUGCUGGAGGGCCCUGCCGGACGGGGAAUCAAACGUGCUGAUUGCUGCCAACAGUCAAGGAACCAUCAAAGUACUGGAGCUGGUCUGAGGGGUUCCAUCACAGCGGACAGUAGACCUCCACCCACUAGGAGGUGGAGGUGGUGUUCUUCUCCGAAGAGGUGGUGGUGUUCCUCCACCACUAGGAGGAGGAGGAGGUGGUGUUCCUCCAUCCACUAGGAGGAGCUGGUGGUGGCCUUUCUCCUGCUAACGGUUGAGGAGCAGGUGGAGGUGAUCGGGACGUGAAGCACAAAGACCUCCAGCCCUUUAACGACGACCACACCUGGACGAACGCCCUCAUCCACCUGCAGCCAAUGAACCACCACCACCCCUUUACUGCGACCACGCAGUCCUCCACCUGGAGCCCCGAACCACCACCACCCCUUUACUGAGACCACGCCCUCCUCCAGCUGCAGGCCCUGACUCAAACUACAGUGAACUACAGUAAAGCAGUACCACUCCACAGUUCUCUAGUACUCUCACUAUUCCAACAUACAAUCACAAAGAAACUCUGAAAUGAAAGAGGAAUCCUUAGAAAGCUUCUGUUGGUGUUUGUAAUAAAUGUCAGUGAUCACAUGACCUCCUGAUGGUCAGAGCGGUGCUCCUCCUCUCGCUCUGCGUUGUGAAGCACAGGUUGGUAGAAGAGGCCGUCUAGGACACAGUCUGUAUCUACGGUGUACACAAGACCUCUUUCAGGUCCUUUGACACAUCACAGGUUCACCCAUCAAAAAUGAAGCUGUUCAGACGAUGGAGCCCAGAAUACCAUCACCCUCUGCUGGUCCACCAGGCUGCUGUGUUCAGACUAACCCCCCCCCCCCCAUGGACAGUAUGUAGUAUGGCAAACAGCCGUAUUUUAUCUGAAAUGCCAAUGAGGCGUUUGCUUUUGUAUACCAAAAUAAAUUAUUAAGAAAGUA